AUGGCCUGCUUAUCCAGAGUUGUUUUGAUAUUAGCGGUGGCUACGGCGACAAGGGUGGAAAACGCCGAUUUUGAGACUGCGGAGCCUCACGAGGUCAUGAUUGCACAGGAGUCCAGGAAUUAUCGCACAUUCGUCUCACCGCCGGUGCGGAUAAUCAAGCCUAAUGGAGUUAUCAACUCCCACCGGCCGCAGUACGACCUGGACUCGUUGGAGGAGGAGCUGGAAGCCUUAGAUGUGAGGGAUUUCUUCGAGGCGACGACCAGGAAGAGUCUGUACAAAACUUACAAUCCACACAGCUCUGUUUACAAGGAGAACGUCAUAAGGGACGCGGUUCUGAGGGCGUUGGAGAGGAAAGACCACGUGGGGAAGUUCGCCCAAGUGCUGCCCAUUAUCAGAGCAAUGUCGGGGAACCAGAGAGACGCACUCGCGUCAUUGGUCGCCAGCCAAGUUAGCGCACCGCCGGGAAGAGCGUCACUCAGUCUGUCACAGGUGAGAUCAAUGUUCGGCAACGAGAACAAUUCAACAGCGGAGCUGAUGCUACCGAUAUUACUGGACAUGGCGAAUCUGAUCAGACACGCGGGCAGAUCUGGAAAGGGGCAUAGGGAAGUGAAACUUCCCUUGACGCUCCCACAGACUCAGUUCAUGAGACGAUCACUCAUAGAAGACACUUCACAUAGCGAUGAAUUCGAUGCGGCCACUGAGGACUUCAACCUUGUAAUAACAACAACCACUAAACCACAAACUAUCAAGAACCGUAACACCAGAUCAAGGGCUCAAAGAAACAUAACUCUCACAAGCAAUCCUACUAAAUCACUUACAACAUCUACUACUACAAAAACAGAUCAAGAGAACAAAACUAAAGCAGAAAAUUUGAAUGACACUAAAAGUAUAGACAAUGUAAACCAUACUUCGACACAAAAUAGCGAUAAUCAAAUUAACGUAGCAGCAUCUGUCGUCAAGACGGAGUCGCCUCUGAAAUCAUCAGCGCGAGCAAGGUCGAUGGCGAUAUCUGACAACGGAACUCUGGACCUGACGGCUGAUGCCACCAAUCAAAGUAUCCAAGAACUGCCAGUCGCAGAGAAGCUGAGGUCGCUCAACAGAUACGUUGACAGAAAAGGAAAUCUGAUAAGGCGCGGAACUUAUGUGCCGAAAUCACCUCAAGUGACCCGACGCACUACAGUGGAACCUUCGUUACUCUCCCCGAACGGUCGCCGACGCCCGUUCCCGCAGAGGAAACCACCAACGCUUAUAAGCGACCAAAACAAGUGUGAACUAUUCACAAAUACAGUCUGCCUGCGUGCAGAGGACUACCCUACCGAGGCCAUAGUCCAAUCGAUAAGGCGUACUAAGUCCGCUGGAGCACUUCUUGCUGACUUCAAAGAUCCUGGCGAGGGUGCCGUUGAUGGUAUUUCUCCAGCACAAGAGGCGAAGUAUACUGCCGAACAUUAUUUAGUUUCCAACAGGCGGGGUGACACGGCCAACAGAGACUUCGCGGGUGCAGGCGAGGCCGGCUUCAUGUGCCCUAGCACUGUGAAGUAUGCGAGACCUCAAAGGGCGCGAGCCACCUCUGGCCAGUGGAAGUAUAUAGUCAAUACUGGUGAACACACGCAGACGUUGCGACUAGAGAAGUGCUUG